GUUGACGUUGCUGACUUCGCGCAUCUGUCAGCGUUCCUCAUCUGUAGUUAGGCUCAGGUGUAGUUUGUGAAAAUGUCUUCUGUGGAGGAAAAGCCUAAUUCUGUUACAGAGGAUUUGGAGGAGGACGGAGCUGAGGAGGAGAAUGAAGCAGAGGAGGUGCUCAUGGACUUUAGGGAGCCCGUUAAAGGAGCAUAUAUUUUCUACAAAGACAGGCAAGAGUGGGCUGAUCUAGAACCUGUUCCACAAGAUGAUGGACCCAAUCCAGUGGUGAAGAUUGCUUAUUCAGAAAAAUUCAUGGAUGUGUUUGACAUGUUUCGGGCACUCCUGAAGAACGAUGAGAAGAGCGAGAGAGCGUUUGCACUGAGUGCUGAUGCCAUCGAUCUCAACGCUGCCAAUUAUACAGUAUGGCACUACAGGAGAGUUUUACUAAAGGCUUUAGAUAAAGACCUGAGAGAAGAGAUGAGGUAUAUCACAGCCAUCAUAGAAGAUCAACCCAAGAAUUACCAAGUCUGGCAUCACAGACGGAUGGUGGUGGAGUGGUUAAAUGACCCGACAGAAGAGUUGCGGUUUGUGGCAGAAAUUCUCAGUCAGGAUGCGAAGAACUAUCACGCGUGGCAGCACAGACAGUGGGUCAUUCAGGAGUUUAAACUGUGGGAUGGAGAGUUGGCGUACGUGGAAGAACUGUUAGAAGAUGAUGUGAGAAAUAACUCGGCCUGGAAUCAGAGACACUUUGUUUUAAGUCACACCAGUGGAUUUUCUGACCCUGCAGUUCUGGAAAGAGAAGUACAGUACACGCUAAAACAAAUCCAGAAAGCUCCUCACAAUGAAAGUGCCUGGAACUAUUUAAAAGGGAUUUUACAGGAUAGAGGGCUGUCCUCGUACCCUGGACUGCUGGAGCGGGUCACAGAUCUUCAGGACUCGUGCAGUUCUCCUUAUCUAACUGCUUUUCUGGUCGAUCUCUACGAAGACGCUCUAGAGACCAACGACUCCAACUACAACCAAGAAGAGACUCUCAACAAGGCCCUCGAGCUUUGUAAGUUACUGGCAGAGGAGCAGGACACCAUUAGAAGGGAAUACUGGAAUUACACGUCCCGCUCUCUCCAGAAGACAUACGGCUCGGCUGACUCCGCCCCCUCUUCUUCAACCCAUCAGCCCGAUGAGGAGCCCAGUGACCCCUGAGCUGCACCGCAGACCUAAACACAUGAUUAGACAGAGCAAGAACUUAGAAAUGUUGUGAUCUGAGAGGACUCUUCAUAUGUGUAUGAGUAAAUGCUGGCUGUAUUCAGAUAAGCCUUGGUGUACUUGUAAGUCAAAGAAGCAGUUAGCCAUAAGAAAACAUUUCAACUGUAAUGAAGAAUGAAAUGAAAUUGUAUAGUAAAUCGUAACAGUCAUCCCACGUUUCUUCUAGCACAUGCUUUGGCUUAAUUCAAAAGAUUUCAUUUCUCAGUUACUGACAUGCUUCAGGUCUCUUUUGCCUGAAAAAUCUGCUAGCCGGUAUCAUAAAACACUCCUUAACCUGUACACAGAUUUUUGUAUGUUCAGAAAUUAUAAUAAUGCUAAAGGUUUAUUUUUUUGCCCUACAUUUCCUGUUUGUUAGAGAUGAAAAGAAGAUGUGAAAGUGGUUUUGAUGUUUGCAGACAUGAGGUAGCCUGAGAGCUUUUAAAUCAAGUCUGCCAACAUUUCAUUAACAUUUAAAAAGAUCAAAAUGCUUUUAGAUCAGAGUAAAACUUUCAGUAAUUGCAGCUUACAAACAUAAUAACCAACAUGAUGUCUCAAGCAUUUCUAUGUUGUACAUUUGAGGAUUUGUGUAAUCGCAGAUGCAAAACAAACCGCUGCUUCAUUAAGAGCUGGAGUAGUUAUUUGUGGUCAUCGCAGGUUAAAAUAUAUUGAAGGAUGGUUCGUGGUAAGGAGCCCUAGAUAGAUUUUAUGUCAUAUUUUUUAUGGUUUUGUCUUCUGCAUUAAAAAACAACCUAGUAUAGGUUUAUUUAUAACCCAACAUGGGUUCUGUCUAAUAUUUACCCAGCAUUGGGUUAAAAAUAACACAGCAGAAUUUUGAUUGGUCGUACUGCGUUCUUGUUGUUUGUAGAAAACCAGUAAAUUAAUGGAAAGUGUUAAAAAUAUCUAAAACACACGAGGCGAAGCAUGAACUUUGAAUAAAGGCACAACCUAAAAAAUUGGUUAUUUUAAAGCGAUGAGCAUAGCAGCUAGGUUACAGUUAACCCAAAAGAUUUUAUAUUUAACCCA